CAGUACGCCGUGUUCUCAAUUCAGAGGCAGUUACCAGUUCUGACUGUUGUGUUGUUGUUUCAGAUCGUUCCUGCUUCCGAAUAAGCAUUAAUGCAACGUGCUGCACUAUAAAUAUACUAGUAGAACUGUAAACGCAAUAAUGGCGAUCACAGACCCAAAGUGAAACUCUAGUAAGAACAAGGGCAGCUUGGCUUUAAACUUUAUCUGUUUCAGAACGUUAAAACAACUAGAUUAGCACAAAAAUAUUAUAGUUCUCUCAUCAUCCCCCUUGACAUCGCCUAUUGUUUUAGUGAAAAAGAAACAUUCCUUACUACAACUGUGCGUAGAUUACAGACGUCUUAAUGCGGUCAUAUUACAAAAAGAGAAAACUUAUUACAAAAUAGUUUUGUCUAUCGUUCUGCAGGUUCAGCUUCCGUAGAGCUUGAUCCUCUCCUUCCAGUGCGCUUACUCUUUGUUGUCCUGCAAUAAGGAAAACAGACUCGUGUUAGUAACGUCACAUGUAAUGAGUUUUCCUACUGUUACAAUUUUAUUUUUCAAUAAUCGCGGUAAUGUAUGUGUAUAUAAGCAAACAACUUUAUCGGUUUCUUUACCAUUGAUGCAGAGAAACAUUAGAUAUAAAUCAUAAAUGUGGAUAUAAAUGAAGUGUGACAAAUGGAGAAAUGGUUGUCUUUAUUUGGUCGUUACAGAAUCACUGAAUCUACAUGUCGCAGUAGAUUCCCCAACAUUAAUCUUCAUCUGUUUUUACAGCGAUUAACACUACUUUGGUCUACUUAAAUACAACCUUCUUCCAUUUGGUUCAACUUAUUCUACAGCUAUAUUUCAGGAAGUCAUGAAUAAUGUAGCCAGUGAACGUAAAAUUGUUGAGAUUUAUCAGAAUGAUCAUACCAUUCAUGGUUCUGAUAUAACAGCGCAUCAUCAGAGACUUAUUGCUUUACUGCACUGGCGAUCACAGAAAAAUAUUAAAGGAAAUACAAGUAGGUGUUCAUUUUGUGUGUCAAGUUUCGAAUGUCUUGGUACGCUUAGUGACAUUAACGGUUCUAAACCAGAUAUGAAACAAUUAGCUUCACUGACAAAUGCAUUCUCCAAAAAGUCUUAUAGAACUAAGUUAACGAGUAGGUGCUCUUUAAUAUCUUUGCUGUUUUAUUCCUAAUUUUUGCUUGUCGUUCAUUUCACAUUUUGACAUCCGAUUCAUAGAAAUGGGGUGGUGAACAUGCGUCAUGCCUACGAAGUUGACCAACGUUUCUUUAAAGUGUCGCUGUUCUUCAAACUUACUCUCUUUGUGUAAUUUCUAUACUUAUUACAGAUGCAUCACAUAUGGGUAUUUGUGGACCUCAGGAGAAACAAGAUUAUCUAGAAACUGAGUGGGCAGCAUAAGCUGCGUUUCGGGUUGUUGAACGCCCACAUAAAUAUUUAUAUAUAAUCAAAUCCACCACUGUUACAGAUUAUCUAACCUUGAAGUUCACUUAUCAUCCUAAAAAAUUCUGAGCACGUUUUCAAGCUACUACAGAUUAACGAUGAAGUAUUGUUCUGAUUGAUUAUGAUCAUGCAAUCCAUCAAAGUGUCAAACAAAUCCAACAUGUCAAUCGUAUAUCUCAAAAACCCUCAAAUAGCCUGUCAAAACUACAGAUUGUUUACCAGUACAACGUCUACCGGUGUGUCAUAUAGAUCUCUAUAGAACAACUCGUUGAUACUUGGAAUGUAUAUUCAUUACCAUACGAAAAUGAUGGAAUGCUAAACUGAAAUGUAAAUCUCCUGAGUUACCCACUGCUCGUCGUGGUAUUUUGUGUUUAAACGAUCGUGAUGUUAUCCCUCCUUGAAUACGCAGUCCUUUCCUUGAAGAUAUUCAUAUUCCAUAUUUGACUGUUGAUCGGAGGUAAAUGCAGAUAUAUGUCAUACAGAAAAUAAUAGUGAGGAAUGUUAUAAUUGAGAAAAUCAUCCUUUGAAGUUGACUCAAUGACCAGUAUCAUUUGAGACCUAACAAAUACUUUAUGUAGAACAUUGUGAUCUAUUUCUUGACAAUACUAUGCACCUGUAGUCAUUAAUCCUCUUUCUAAGUAACCUGAAGCUUUUUCACAACGUCACCAUAUUCUGACUUUGAAAUUCAAGCACCAAGAAACGUUUUCCGUUAAGGUCACCAUGGUACUUGUGACUGAUAACGGUCCUCAUUUUGCUGCAGAUGCAUUUACUACCUGGUUGAACAGUAUAAAGUGCAGAAAUCUAUUCACUGCAUCCAAACACCUUUGUUCUAAUGGUCAGGCAGAAAAUUCUGUCACAAUAUUAAAAACUGCUAUUGAAUCUAUAUCUACUUCAACAUUUAUUGAACUGGAGAAGGGAGUAGAUACAUUUCUACUGCAACAUAGAAAUGCUAAACAUUCUGUCACGAAAAAGAUCCCAUAAAAGCUAUCAUACUAAUGAGUACAUUCCAGAUGAUACAGUGCUUACAUCCAAUACACAGUCUGUCGGAUACACUAUGUACCUAAAGAACUAAAGAAUUAGUGCAUUCGGUAAGAAUUCUCGAAAAAUUGUGAUUUGAGGCACGUAGAACCAGAGGUGUACAACUGGACGUGCUAUAUUUAGAAUUCGUUAUAAGUGAGCGAUCAAGUAAAAAAACUAUUAAUUUGCACAAACAUCAAAGCCUAAACAGUCAUCCCAGUCCCAUACUUAAGAUUAUUAUUGGAGAAUAA